UAGCAGUGCUUGGCGUUGUCUGUAGCCGCGACCGCGACUACGACUACGAGUCAACGUAAGAUAGGACACGCUAAGCACAGAAGGUAGGACACGAUAGCGAGACAAAGCGAAGAGCGAAAGAAAGAAGCCGCGAGGCGCAAAGUCUCCUACGAGAACUGCAACUUCUACGAGUGCGAUAGUAGCGGCUGGGCCGCGCGGAGUGCGAUGGAAUAGUCGGUAGUCGUGUAGUGGGCUGUGCAAGCUGUAGCGCUGGUGAUCGCGACCGGAGCGCGGAGUGUGGGGCGUGCGACUGCAGUCGGUUUCUAAGCUGGUUUAAGGCAGUGGAAAGUGCAUCGCAUCGGUGCUGCGUUGUGAGUGCGUGCUCGCGGGGACGGGCACUGCGGACGACCGUAAGCGGGGUCAAACGGGUAGCAAGCGAUGCGGACUCUAGUUGGCAGCUGCAGCAGGCUCGAGCGAGUACCGUCACCCCGGGUCGCCGUCACGACGCGAUUGCGUUGAGUGUGGCAUUGGAAUCGCCCGGUGAGCCCCUGCCUAGUUACAACUGGCAGGCUCUUUUGUCGCAACGAGCGUGUGACACACCGUGCUGCGCGACUUGGUGCAACAACCCCGACGGACGGCUAACAUCCAGCCCGUCGUCGCUCCUCGCUUUCGCGUGUGUGUGCGUGUUUACUUUGUGCUAAGCUUUGCUCUCCGACGGCGCUCUCCGCGCGCGUCAGUCUGCGACUAGUGCCACGGUCUGCGCAACAACGCCUUCAGCUCGAGCUGCGAGCCGUCUAGGCACCUCGCGUGCCACGAGGAUUUGUCCAGACGAUGUUCGCCACCGAUAGCUGCGCCUUUUUCAUCUUUCUCCUGCUGCUUGUACCCUACAUCGACAGCGCGCGCCGGCUGAACGAGUAUAUCCGUCACUACGAGCCGCUGACGUACGACGCCGAGGAGGUGUAUCGCAGCCACGUGCGCUCCAAGCGCUCGGCCAGCGCUGGUCCCGGACAGCUGACGCUCAGGUUUCGUGCCCACGGCCGCGACUUCCGGCUUAGACUCAAGCGCGAUCUACAAACUUUCGCCAGCGACCUCAGAGUUGUCGGCCCGAGCGACCAGCCUGAGGACCUCGAUACCUCGCAUGUCUACCAAGGACAUCUCAUAGGUGAGCCCAACAGCUAUGUGUUUGGCAGUCUGAGCAAUGGCGUCUUUCACGGCAAGAUCGUGACGGCACACGAUGGAGCCUGGUACGUCGAGAAGUCCCACUACUACUUCCCCGAGCAGCAGCGUAAUCAGACCGAGCACUCGGUCAUCUACCAUGAGGCUGACGUCGAGGACCCUUACGAGCAAAUUCGCACGGGUAACUCAAAGGGCUGCGGCAUCACGGAUGAAAUGCUGGAUUGGAUGGAGCGGGUGCAAAACUCGGCGGCAUCCGAGUCGCUAGCGCCGGCCCAGAGCCUGCACGCGACGGCCGAGUUACCCGGCCAUAAGUACAGCAAGGAGGCCAACUCUGUUGACAGUGAGCAGCAACAAGAUCAUGAGGUGCACGCCGACGACACCUGGAGUGCGAGAGCCAGGAUGAAAACGAGAACGCGCCCGAGGCGAGCAGCCAAACCCAAGGAGGAAAACAAAAAUACUUGCUCGCUUUUUAUCCAGACAGAUCCGCUCAUCUGGCGACAUAUUUUUGAGCAGGUGAAUCACGACGAGGAAAAGACUCGAGAGGAGAUUUUGUCCUUGAUAGCGCAUCAUGUGACUGCCGUCAACUACAUCUACAGAGACACCAAGUUCGAUGGCAAAAUUGAGCACAGGAACAUCAAGUUCGAGGUGCAGAGGAUAAAGAUCGACGACGACAGCUCGUGUAACCAACCGCAAAGCUACGGUGAUCAAAAUCCCUUCUGCAUGGAGAACAUCGACGUGAGCAACUUCCUGAAUCUGCACUCGCUCGGCAACCACGAGGACUUUUGCUUGGCAUACGUGUUCACGUACCGUGACUUUACCGGCGGCACUCUGGGUCUGGCCUGGGUUGCAUCGGCUUCAGGCGCCUCCGGCGGUAUCUGCGAGAAGUAUAAGACUUACACGGAGACCGUCGGUGGCAUGUACCAGUCGACCAAGCGCUCGCUCAACACCGGCAUUAUCACCUUCGUCAACUAUAAUAGCCGCGUGCCGCCCAAGGUCUCACAGCUAACGCUCGCUCACGAAAUUGGCCACAAUUUCGGUUCACCGCACGACUUCCCGGCAGACUGCAAGCCUGGCGGCCUCGACGGUAACUACAUAAUGUUCGCCUCGGCGACCUCAGGCGACCGGCCAAACAAUAGUAAAUUCAGUAAGUGCAGCAUCGGCAACAUCAGCAACGUGCUUGACGCGAUCGUCGAGACGAAGAAGCGCAACUGCUUCAACGCCUCGGCGGGCGCGUUCUGCGGCAACAAGAUCGUGGAGGCCGGCGAGGAGUGUGACUGUGGUUACGACAACGACGAGUGCGCAGACAAGUGCUGCUAUCCGCGGAUAGUCUCCAUCGUCGAGCGUAUCAAGAACCAGACGGCUAAGGGUUGUACCCGUCGCCAGAACACCCAGUGCAGUCCUAGCCAAGGCCCAUGCUGCUCUAGCGAUACCUGCUCCUUCGUGCCCACGACUCAUAACGUGCAAUGCAAGUCUGAAUCAGACUGCAGCUACAGUUCGGUAUGCAACGGGCGCAGCUCCGAGUGCCCACCGCCCCAGCCCAAGGCUAACAAGACCAGGUGCAACGAGGGAACUCAGCUGUGUAUCAAUGGCGAGUGCACGGGCUCGAUCUGCCUCGAAUGGAACCUCACCGAAUGCUUCCUCACGAGCAGCAUCAUACCCAACAUCGACAAGCGGAAGCUCUGUGAGCUGGCCUGCCAAAACGGCACCGACACCUCCACUUGCCGUAGUACCAGCGAGUUUGCUCACCUGGUUAACCUGACCAAGGGUGGCAUUAGCCUCAGGCCAGGCUCACCUUGCGACAACUUCCAAGGCUACUGCGACGUCUUUCUCAAGUGCCGAGCUGUGGACGCCGAGGGGCCUCUUGCCAGACUAAAGAACAUGCUCUUCAACAAGGCUAACCUUAACUAUGUCGCCGAAUGGGUCACGAACUACUGGUGGGCCGUGCUUUUAAUGGGUAUUGUGUUUAUCAUCUUCAUGGGAUUGUUCAUCAAGUGUUGUGCCGUUCACACUCCAUCAAGCAAUCCCAAAAAGCCACCGGCCAGGCAUAUCAGCGACACCCUGCGAAGACCAAUGAAUACCCUGCGUAGAAUGCGUCAUCACCAUGGGGGUGGAGGAGGCGCUGCCCGAAGUGUACCGCCGUGGCAAGGCGGCCACGGCUCACGAGGCCCUUCUCAUGGCUACGGAGAAGGCCGAGGUCCCCAGUAUUAUCCCAAAGGAUAUCGCUCGGUUCCCACAGCUAGUGCGCCACCCGCCACCCACUACAGUGCCAACAGCGGCAACCCCAGUGGGCCAUUACCGGGCAGCAGCAGCUACGCCCGCGGCAGCACUGGCAGCGGCUCUCACCAGCAGCACCACAGCGAGCACUACACCGGCGCCUACCCGUCAGCCGGCUCCCGGACCUCGGCCUACGAGAUGAGGCACCACUAAGGCUGAACUUGCCUCCCCCUUCGCUCAAGCUAACUCGGCUCCGGAUUGAUGAACUCCGUUUUCAAGAUUUCAAAUCUCAGCGCACCACAGGCAUUAUCUGCCUCCUCUGCUUUUUCAUUGGCAAGCGCUGCAUUUCUCAGAUUUUUACAUAGAUCUGAACUUCUGUACACAUUACCGUUCUUUAUUAUUCUCAUCGCUUGCUUUUUGUACAUAUUCUCAUAGUCCGAUCGCGUCUAUGCCAACUUUUCCACAUCUUUUCAUCAUUUUUAUUUACUUCUCCUGUUAGUGUCAUCGUUAUUAUAAUUCCAAUGAUUGUCAUGUGAUAUUGUGAAUCGUUGUGAUUCAAUUCCGGUUAACCAAUUAAACAUCGACAAUUAAAACGUUGAUAAGUUUUACGAUUUCAAACAAACGCGUACGCGAACAACUUUUUCAUGUAUUUCAUCAUAUUCGUUUUUAUAUGACGUGAAAAUUUCUAUAACGCGUAUUGUUAUAAUUACAUUAUUAGUUUUUUCUUAAUUACAUGAUUAAAUUGGCGACUCGACGCAUAACGUUUGAAUUAAGCCUUUUAUUAUCAUAUGAGCCAAUAAAAACAAAUACGUCUAAAUGUUAGGAGAUAUCCAUACUUUCUUUUUCUAUAAUAUUGCAAAAACUUGAGUCAAUGGGUGGCCAAAUAAUGAUAAUGUAUUACCAAACUAUCCAGAUCAAUCACUUGAUCUCUAUAUUAUUAAGCGAUGUAAUAUAUAACAAUACGUAUGAUUUUGUAAGUUAAUACUAGGUUUUGUUAUAUUAAAUCUGUAAAAAGUCAAUUGGAUGAAACCGGAUGGACCGCAAAAAUAUCAGCACCAAUGCGGCUAAAAAAUCCGGAAUUGGAUCUUUUAUUUGCAUUAUCGUGUCUCCUAUUUUUAGUAUUAUGAAAGACAAAAGCAACAAUAGCAUCGGUAUUAUUUAGUUAAGAAUCAAUAUUCAUGAUAUGAAUUGCGAAAAACAUUAAAUUACUUAUAAGUCAACGGAAGAAUCGAGCGAUUACGACGAUAAAAAGUAGCUCUUUGCGUUUCAACGACUUAUGCAGUCAUCUGUUGAAUUAUUAAGGCUGAUCGUUUAUGAAACUUGAUAUAUAUUCUCCACGGUCACUUCAUUACGCCGUGGAAACUAAACUAUAUCUUGAUAUGUUAACUGUCUUGUAAGUAUUAGAAAGGUCAAUUGUUUCAUUACUUACUUUUUUAAAUUAUCACAGUUAUUCGACGUAAGUAAAAUUUAAUUAUCAGGUUUUUCACAUAGUUUUAGCAUCUUUCGCUAUUUUCAGAAAGAUUCGUUCAAUGAAAAUAUCUGUUUGUCAUUAAUUUUAUUUAAUUUAAACAGAACAUGUUUCAUAUACAUUUGACGAAUAUAAAAUAUCGAUAUUUUUCUAAUUUAUGUUAGUUGUGUUUAUUAGUACAUUACGAUACAAGUGCAGGAAAGUAGAUUUUUGUCUCGCUUUGCUGGGGCGUAAACGCCACACGAGACGAGAAACUCUUUCCCGAACAUGUGCCGUUCCGUAUUUUUUUAUACGACGUGUGGAAAGUGCGAUUUUCAACGCAUGUUUUCUGCCGAGCGUGCGGGAAAGACGCACUUUGCGCACGGAGUGUCGAAAAAACUCUAAAUCGAUUUUGUUCAAAAUAUUGAAAUUGCUUGACUUUAAAUAUUCAAGAUACCUUGAUUUCGGACCUUUCUGCGUUGUAUACUUACGCGUUUUAUAUAGUUAACCAAACAUUUCUAUGCCACUAUUUUGUACAUAUAGUUCCGGAAUUUGCUAUCGACUAUGGAUUCGAAUUCAAAAAAAGUAUUCAUAUAUACUUAAGAUAUAUUAGGACGCCGAAAAGUGACUCAAUAUAAUUUUUUAAUUUGAAAAUCGUUUAACUAAUAUUUUUAUUUAUUAAAAUAAAUUUACUUCUUACUUGACUCUUUUAAGUGAAUAUUAUUAAUAAAUUUGAAAGCAAAAAUAUAAUAGAUAACGAAAAUUAUGACCCACUUUAAAGCUCCUAAUAAAUUUAAAAUACUCUUACAAGCAUUUAAGUAUAAUUGAUAAAAAUAUACUUUGGCAAAAAGGACUAAAAUUUGUUUAAUCACUUGAUUAUAUGUAUACUCCAUAAAUUAAGACUAUUUCUGUGCAUUACUACUUAUUGUGAAUAAACAGAAUGAACAGACUUCAGAAUAUGAUGUGACAUCAUGAACAACAUAAAAGGAAAAAAACGUAAAUGAUUGUAAACUACGUCGAAGCGAUGUUCCGAGUUGCGGAAUUGUACAAUAUGAAUCGAGGCAAUGUGAUUUUUAGGCAAAUUGAUAAAGUUUUUGUGUGAUUAAAUGCGCGAGUGAACAAAAAACAAUAUAAAAUAGCAUAAAAAGGAUAUGGAGGGCAAACAAACAAGUGAAAUGUGUAAACCUGUGUACAUAAAUUUAAUAUAUAAUACAAUCAAUUGUAUUUCCAAAUGUUUAUGUAUUACGCGAACGCAAUGAUUUGUGUACGUAUAGGUACAUUUACUCAUAAAUAAUAACGCAAUUAAUAAAACAAAUAAUUAGUUGAAAAAUAAUAAAAAUAAUCGAAGAAAUAUUUGUUUUUUAUAAUAAAAUUGUAUAAUAAGAAAUCGAUUAUACUGUAUUUUAUAAUCGAAAUGAAUGAUAUAAUAUGGAGUGAGUGAGUUCGGAGAAGAAAGGGGCAAGAAUAAUUUGCAAUAUAUUACUUUUUGUUGAUAGUUGAAAAAUAAUGAAUUUAAUAAGCGUAAAUUUGUCUUGUAAUUGCAGUUCGAUUUUAUCGUCUGAUAUAAACGUUAUAUGCCAAAAAAAUAAAAAAAAAACGAUGCGAUAAGUCUUACAUUCUGCUUUGAGUCUCGGUAAAGUGGAAUGAAAUUUUUGAAAGAUAACAAAUUUCUACAGUAAUUGCUACGUUUUUCAGUUAUGCGAUAAUUAAAUACUUACGAGUAUUUCCAUCCGAGACACUGCCAAAGCCAACACGUUUCUACGAUCAGCGAUAGAAAAACACAAUGAAAUUUAAUUUAAAAAUUUUCUGGUAUCACUGCCAAGAAUUUUAUAUCUAAUAAUAAUUUGCAUAGAAUCAAUUAAAGGACGUUGAAAUAGCUAAAUUGUUAUAACAAGAAAUAGUAGUAUAGCUAAAGAUUAAUUUCUAAAUUUUUAUAAUUUUAUUUACAAUUAAUAUUUUACAUUUUAUUAAUAUUACUGGAUGAAAAUGAUAUAUACCAAGCAAAAAAGACAGUUUAUAAUGAAUGCUUUAUAACGAGGUUUUCCGUGGUGUUAUAGCCACUAGUGAUUCCGUUAAGUAUAAUAAGAAUCCGAUUGAAAAAUAAAAAAACUAAUGAAACUGAUUAAAAAAGAACUGAAAAAGCGAGCUAAGGCAGGUCUUUUGUUGUCAAAGUGUUAAAUUCUGAAAAUAUUAUUUUCAUGCGCUAGAAAAAUAACUCAAAUCCUUUUAGAUAGGGAAAGACAACGAGCACAUAGAUUUAGUUUAUAAAUAUGACGAAAAAUAAAGAUUUAUCAGCUUUUGUUUCAGCUCAUGCUAAAUACUUGACAUUGAAGUAUGCAUUAAAAAUAUGCGAUUUAUGAAUAUGUCAUUUUGAUAAAUAAAAAUGUAUUCUUGUAUUUCUAAAACUUUGCAAAGUAAGUGGACUUGUACAGUCUUGUAGAGAAAUGAUGCUAAGUCAGAGACUACCGUGUAUCCACUAAAUAGAAGUCUGCUCAAUGCGUGCGUCGAAAUUCAAUUAUCGAGAUGAAUAUGUAUCUUUGAAGUUGUCACUAUGUGCUCGUUGACGUGAGGUUAAUUAUUCUUUUGAUAUUCUGGCUUUCUAUUUUCAUCACCAGUAUGUACGAAUUAGUCGCUAAUAUAAAGCACAGCAGCAACAAAUAAUUGCCAUUGUAGAAAAUUGAAAAUACAAUAUCUCGUAUGAAGAUUGCAAGGAUUCUUUGACGGAGUGCACUUCUCUAUUAAUUGUACAUAGUGUCAGUAAAAAGAAAACGAGAGGGAGCAAUAAGGAGCAACAAAAAUAUUAAGAAAAUUAUAUUUUUUCUAACAACCCUGAAACUGACUUAUCAGUCUCAUCGUAUUUCUGCAAUUAUAAUUAACAUUCAGUUUUAUUGUUAUUUCAUCAAAUUUCAAAUGUCUGAUGAGCACGAUGAAUCGAUAUUUUAACUCAAGGUGGCCUUGAUUAGUUUUUCUUUGUAGCAUAGAACAAAAGAAUUUGCGUUUUACAAGCUAGCCGCAUAUUACUCAAUGAAUAUAAGUUAAUAACGAAUGGAUAAGGUUAAGUAUUUAAGCGGUAUUAUUUUCACGUACCUACGGUAAUAAUUAUUGUAAAGUACGGCACUGACCAAUUGCCUGUUUUUUGGACAAACGGUCCCUUUCUUCGAAUAAACAGCACGUCUAACGCGUGGGCCGUGUAUUAAGAAUAUUAUAAACAAAAUAUAAUUGUGAAUAUUUCUUGUGUUACGUUCAUGUGAUUACAAAGAAACUGUAAAAUUAAAUAAAGCGUACAUUUUACA